GGACCUGAAUGAUUACACUCCAUUGUCAUUAUAUACCAUCAGAGGACGGAAUUACGUUUCUCCAAAGGCUUUUCUACUUCAGUGAGGAACUAUGCGGUUUCGUGUGAUCAUUGCACCAGAUGACAUUAGAAGACUCCACAUUGAAAGCCUUCCAGACACGCUUGAUGCAUUCAUCGACAUACUGAAGAGAGAACUUCGUUUUGAUGGAACGCUGAUUGUGCAGUUUGAAGACCCAAGCUUUGGCAAUGAAUUUUGCAAUUUGACAUCCAUGUCUGAUUUGACAGAAGAGCUGACUACCUUGAAGGUUUUCCAGAAGCAAGUCCCAGAGUCCUCAAAUGAUCUGGACACCUCGAAUGAUGAUCUGCUGUCUGAUUCCACACUCGACACAGCUAGCUUGCCAUCAACCUCCUCUGGAGAAUCAACUCCCAAACGCAGUGGAUAUCUACCAGACCCUUUCAUCAUUCCAAAGUUCCCAACAGACACAGAGUUGAGACUCCAGCGUGGCAAUGAGGCAUAUUUCAGAGAUGGCUCUCUUUUGGAAGUGUCUAGAUCUAUGUCUAGUGACAUACUUGAUACAUUGGCAGAGGCGCUGUUUGAAAUUAAGACCCACCCUUCCGUUGAAGAGUGUGUCGUUGUUGCAAAAGCUUUGGUGGGAAAAUUUCCUUGCUUAAAAGAACCUGGCUCACCAUGUGGGUGGUUUGCCUGGAAAUACAGCAUAUUUUACAAAAUGGGGAAUUUCAGGCAGCAGUUGCGCAUUGCUGGUUCAGUGGAGCUUUCUGUGCACAAAAGGUCAGCGUCGGGGGAUUCCAGGAGACCAAAGAAAGCCAUGAGGUCCGAGGUGAAUUUUCUGCCAGGUCACCCUCAGAAUAGAACCAUGGGACUGCUUGAACAAGACAGAAACGAUUUACAGAGUGAAAUGAAGAAAAAGAACGUCGACUGGAAGAAAGUCGACGCCCUGAUGGACAACACCUUUUCACUGAGGAGGGUGGAAGUCAUCAAGGAGGAGCCUUUGGUCAAAGAUGUCAAAACCAGAUGGCCAGCGUUUUUCACAGAGCGCCAGAUUGAAGCAGAAUUCAGACGGAUUGUCUCAAAGAACCUGCAGCAAUCAUUUUUUGGCGGCCUGGAUGAGAUGGUCCCGAAAUUCCUGCGUCUUUACAGACAGAGGCAGUCUGUGAAGGAACUUCCGGCUUUCCUCAACUCUCUGGAUGAGGACAACUCGAAUCAACAGAAGAGAGCAGUUGUUCUCCUUGCCCUGCCCCAUUUUCUGAAGGAGGACCCUUCCCAGUUCUUCAAAAUCUGUAAACCAAAUGAGGAGAGUGAAGCUGUCAAGGGAAUGCACGUGGGAAUCCUCAUCCUUACAGAGAAUGCACAGCGCCCUGUCCCCAAGGAGGUGAUCGAUGUUGCACUUGCACUGGAGGAGGAUGUCAUUCUCCGAAACCUGAAAGAUGUGCCUCACGCGUUUUCGUUGCUGAUGGGUUUGCUUUAUGGUCUCAACAUCCACUACCCAAAAGGACUCAGAUACAUGUUCGAGAUCAUACAAAAGGUGGUAAUGAAGAUUGGCGCAGAGUCUUGCUCCUCAAGAGUUAAUGGUGUCUGGAACAGGCUCAUGUCCACACAUUUGUGA